UCGACCCUGGAUUAUGUCACAUGGAAAUUGGAAAAUAAUAUCAUCGAUUUGCACGUGCAGUAUACAUUAAUAACCCAAGUCCAUUCGUUAUAACGGAGGAACUAUUUGAAAUAUUAAAAUGUCGGUAAACGCAGUUCACGAUUUUCUCAAAACGCAAAAUAGACCGUACAAUGUCAGCGACAUCGCCACUAAUUUAAAAGACGUCUCGAAAGCUGCUGUCCAAAAUGCAUUAGAUAAACUGGUCGACAGUAAGCUGGUUUUUGAAAAGACUUAUGGAAAACAGAAAAUCUAUUGCAUCGUUCAAGACUCGAACCAGGAUCUGGACGAAUUGAAAAGAAUCGAAGGUGAACUAGAGCGUCAGGUAACCGAAGCUGUUACGAAACAGGGAGAAAUUCAAGCGCAACUACGUCGCAAAGAAAACGAACUUGCAGCGUUAAAGUCGAGUCUUACGAUCGAUGAUGCUAAAAUUGAGAGGGACAGACUUUUAGCUUCGGUUGCAGAGUUGCAAAAGAAAUUGGGAGAUCUGACAAAAGGAAACAAGACGUGCGAAGACUUGAGUGAAACAAAAAAACGUUUGCAAAAAGACAUAGACAGAUACACCCGCGAAUAUUCGAAGAGAAAAAGACUCUGUGGGGAAAUCGUAGAUUCUAUACUGGAAGGAUUUCCAGGAACGAAAAAAGAACUUUACGAAGAAAUCGGAAUGGAAAACCUGAUCAUAUGAGAAUACGAUGUCGCUUUUUCAACGUAUAUGUAUAUUUUGUGAAUCGAUAAAUAGCUGAUUGUUACACAUGUCAAAAAACUUACCCGUGAAAUAAUAAUACCGGCAAUGCUUAUCCGGAUCUUUGGACCUUUGAGUAAUUUGUAUCUCAGAUCAACUCCGUUCCAAAAUGAGACGAAGUAUCUUUUUAUCUGAACGUUAUCACCACCGUGUAACCUAGGGGUGAAUAAUUAUUCGAGUUUAUCGAUUCGUUAUCCAUUGUCACAUGAAAACAUAAACGAAACUUGCAGGUGAACGGUUUUCGAAUUUGAGAUCGACCUACCUGUAUCCGUCGUAAUCUACGAUGCACAAAAUUUCUGGAAAAAUAACGUAGGGUGCUUCACGCUUCGUCCUAACGCCAACCGAUCUUUUCGAUCUGAAUCUCUUUGCUAGAUGAUCUGGCUCCAUAAAUGCUGUGAAUGUGUUCGUUAACUUUAAUUACAUUGAAAACAAACAAAAAUUAAAAAAACAACACACAAGAUUCAGUGACGUAUCCCUAACGGAUAAGGUAUCUCUUAAGUAACCUGCACAGAUGGAUAUUCAAAUUUCUGAAAAAAAAAAAAUAAAUAAUUAAUUUCACGCACCAAAAUCGCUGUAAUCGUCAUCCGGCAAUGGCUGAGAUCUUUUGUAUACAACAUGAUGAUGCGUGUGUUUCAAAUUUCUUUUCGUACGUCCAACAUCUGGCAGUGAGUUAGCGUCUUGUGAGAAAAUUUUUGAUCUGUUCGCAGCUUCAUUCAUUAUGCGCUUAGGUAACGGUCGUAUAACUAAUUCCGACCCUAUAUUUCCCUCCUGAAAAACAAUUCUCAAUAUGAUUUAUUAUUUUCUCUAUCGUUUUCAUUGUGUCGGUUAUCGGUGUUGAUCUGUUUUCUUUUGUUCGCUCGGUGAAUAAACUUGUUCAUUUUAUUUCCGGCAUCGUGCAUCUGUUAGAAUGUCCUGUGCCACAGGGUUUUACGAAUCAAUCUUCAGAUCGAAAGAUGCGGGAGAGCUCUUGCGCAUUAAGGGGGAUAGUGAGAGUGAAAGUAAAAGGUCAAGAUAUCUCAAGUCGCGCAGAACGAAGUCGUUUUGACAAUGUUUCUUGUAUAACAGGUCUGUGUAGGUAUAUCUUACAAAAUAUGUUGCGGUUCGGUUAUUGCGAACGAAAUUUUUUUACAAUUUUCAUUGAAAUUCGUCAUAAAAAUUGAAUAAACAUCCAAGUAUUAUUUGACAAUCGA